AUGUCCUCCAAAGUAAAUCAGCUAUCGCACCCCAUCGUCAACGCCGAGCUCUCGAAGCUCAGGCAGUCGUCGACAUCCUCGAAGGAGUUCCGUGAGGGGAUUAACCACAUUAGUCUAAUACUAGGCAUUGAAGCCUCGCGAUCUCUUGAAGAAGAGUCCUUUGACGGACAAACACCUAUCGGACCAUUCAAGGGGACCGUUAUCAAGCCUCGUGUAGGCCUUACGCCGAUUCUGCGUGCAGGUUUGGGGAUGUCAGACGCCCUGUUGACUCUCUUCCCAUCAGCACCCGUCUACCAUCUUGGUCUUUAUAGAGAGAAGGUUACUCUCCAGCCAGUAGAAUACUAUUCCAAGCUGCCCCCCUCUCCUCCCGUUGACACAGUUUUCUUACUUGAUCCUCUGAUCGCGACUGGUGGAACAGCUUGUGCUGCCUUAUCUAUGAUUGUUGAUUGGGGCAUUCCUAGUGUCAAGCUUCUCUGUGUCCUGGCUUCAAAGCCGGGAUUGGAACAUGUCCAAGCUGAAUUUCCAGAAUUAGAGAUUUGGGUGGCUGGCGUUGACGAUGAGCUGACGCCCCAAGGUAUCAUAAGCCCGGGACUCGGAGACACCGGUGACCGCCUCUUCAACACAAUCCGUGCAUGA